AUGACUUUCGAAAAAGCCGUCAAGACCUCCGCCUACUCGUCUCGUUUCCAGACCCCCUUCCGUAGAAGAAGAGAGGGUAAGACCGACUACUACCAGCGUAAGAGAUUGGUCGCUCAGCACAAGGCCAAAUUGGUGGUGAGAUUCACCAACAAGGACAUCAUUGCCCAGAUUGUCUCUUCCCAGAUCGUCGGUGACAUUGUCUUGACCGCUGCCUACGCCCACGAGUUGCCAAGAUACGGUAUCAAGCACGGUUUGACCAACUGGUCUGCUGCCUACGCUGUCGGUUUGUUGGUUGCCAGAAGAGCUUUGCAGAAGCUCGGUUUGGACGAGACCUACCAGGGUGUCGAGGAGGUCGAGGGUGAGUACGAGCUCACCGAGGCCGUUGAGGACGGUCCUCGUCCUUUCAAGGUUUUCUUGGACAUUGGUUUGCAGAGAACCACCACCGGUGCUAGAGUCUUUGGUGUCUUGAAGGGUGCCUCUGACGGUGGUUUGUACGUUCCUCACUCUCCUAACAGAUUCCCAGGUUGGGACAUUGAGUCCGAGGAGUUGGACGCUGAGCUCCUCAGAAAGUACAUCAUGGGUGGUCACAUUGCUGAGUACAUGGAGGAGUUGAUGGACGACGAUGAGGAGAAGUACAGACAGGUCUUCAAGUCCUACAUUGACGAGGAGAUUGACCCUGAGGACGUUGAGGAGAUCUACAUGAACGCCCACGAGAAGAUCAGAGAGGACCCAUCUUUCAAGCCUACUGAGAAGAAGCACACCAAGGCCGAGUACGCUGCUGAGUCCAAGAAGUACAAGGACGUCAAGUUGACCAAGGAGCAGAGACAGGCCAAGAUCGCCGAGAAGAUCGCCAACUUCAAGGCCCAGCAGGAGUAA